UUAUAGGCAUACUAGAACUCUCCCAGAGAAAGACAAAUAGCAAAGGGGGACAUUUCUUUUCCGAACUAGAAUAAGCAGAAAGAACAUGAAAAUUAUUCUAGUAUUAGUCUUUAUGAUUUCUCUAGUAAUUUCAGGUAGACUAGAUGAUCACUUGGAAUCAGCAACUCCUGAGCCUAAGUCAAGAUUUGCUAUGUCUGAUGAUGUGCAUUUGCUGGCCACUGGACUACUCCAGCUUGGGCGUGGCCUUCAAGACUUUGUGAUCAAAACCAAAACCCAAAUGGAUGACAUCUUUCAAAGGCUUAACAUUUUUGACCAAUCUUUUUCUGAGAUCUUGCAACAAACCAAUGAAAUGAAAGAAGAAGAACAACAGUUAAAAAAAGCCACAACUAGAUUGCAAGCAACUGAGGAAGAAAUGAGAAACGAAUCUUUGCAGCUUAAUUCCAAAAUAGAUGUCCUUUCCAUUGAGAAGAUUCAACUGAAGAAUAAAUUAGGGAAACUUGAAGAAAAAAUAACUGAACUUGUACAGACCCAGCUUGAUAUCCAUGAGUCAAGAGAAAUUGCCUCACUUAAAAAUUUUGUUGAACAGCAAGAUGGCCACCUCAAACACCUUCUCAAAAUUGUUCAAUUACAACAUGCUCAGCUCACAAAACAGCAAGAGCAAAUACAGGACCUGGAGGAAAAGAUAAACAGCCCCAAUUUUCAAGAGGACUCACAGUUAUUUUCUGCGAAGGAAGAUGACAGACUUCCUAAAUUGAAAAAAACAGCUAAAAAUAGAAAUUCUAGAGGUAAUGCUACUGAUUGUACUUGGAUUUACAAUGCAGGGGAAAGAUCUAAUGGCAUUUAUUCUAUUAAGCCCAAUGGAUCCAAGGCAUUUAAUGUUUAUUGUGAAAUGGAAGGAGAAAACCCAUGGACAAUUAUUCAGAAGAGAUCUGAUGGAUCAGUAGAUUUCAACCAAACUUGGGAGAGCUAUAUAGAUGGGUUUGGUAAUCUUGAUGGAGAAUUUUGGUUGGGCCUUCAAAAGAUCUAUUCCAUUGUAGAUCAAGCUGACUACAUUCUGCGUAUUGAGCUUGAAGACUGGAAAGCUAACAAACGUUAUAUUGAGUAUACAUUCAAAAUGGGAGGUCCAAACAGAGAUUAUGCGCUCUUUCUCUCAAGGAUUACUGGGAAUAUUCCAAAUGCUCUACCUGAACAGAAAGAAAUUAAAUUUUCUACUAAAGAUCAUAGCAACAGCACUGAAAGAAAGCUUAACUGCACAGAAAGUGACACAGGUGGUUGGUGGUACAAUGUAUGUGAAGAAACAAACCUGAAUGGAAGAUACAUCAGGUCAAGCUCAAAAGGAAAAUUAGAGAGGAAGAAACGAGGACUGUAUUGGAAGCCUCAGAAAGGAAAACCUUAUCUUCUCAAGGCAACCAAACUGAUGAUAUAUCCUACAGAUUUUGAAACAUUUGACUGAGCAUUAUCAAAGUUUACCUAAGAAACUGCAAGUACUUCAGUCAGAUUCCAGCGACAGCCCUUUCUGGUGUACAAAGAAAAUAAUAUUAAUGAUGUAAUCAAAUCAUAAUAAUAUUCUUCCUUUGGCUAUAUUAUUUCAGUGUGCUUUGUCCUGCUCCAUAUGGUCAAGAAAUAAGCAGAGCUUUGCUGUGAGACAAGGUCAAUUAUCCUUGAGGGCCACUUUAGUAGAAUAUUUCUUAGCAUCAAUGCUACCUCAAGAAAGACAGGAAAAUGGAAAGUUCUCACACCUUCCUUGGAACAAGAUUGUGCAUUAGGGAGGGAAGGUGAAUCACCACUACUUCACUUCU